UUGGGGUAACGCAUUACAGGUAUUUUACCCACCACUUUUGAGCUUUAUUAUGGAAACCAGAUGUGGAGAAGCAGUGCCCUUGCUGGGAGUGAAUGAGAUGCCGUGUCGAGGCUAGAGGCAGCGGUGGACUGUUCCCGAGUCAGUGGAAAGCCCCUCUAGAUGAGCCAGUCACAGCCACCCAGCUGCACGGUAAAGGAAUAAGGAUUUAAUAUGUCAACAGAGGCCGAGCUCCAGCCUGCUGCCAGACCCAGCGUCAGAAAGGAUUCCAAGAAGAGAGGGCAGGACCGCAGUGAAGCAGCUCUGAUAAAGCGUUUUAAGGGGGAUGGGGUUCGCUACAAGGCCAAACUCAUCGGGAUAGAUGAGGUCACCGCCGCAAGAGGAGACAAACUCUGUCAGGACUCAAUGAUGAAACUCAAGGGAAUCGCAGCCUCUGCACGGUCUAAAGGAGAACACAAACAGAAAGUUUUUCUCACUGUGUCCUUUGGAGGGAUCAAGAUCUUCGAUGAGAAGUCGGGGGUUCUUCAGCACCACCAUGCAGUUCAUGAGAUUUCCUACAUUGCAAAGGAUAUCACGGACCACCGAGCCUUUGGUUAUGUAUGUGGGAAAGAGGGAAACCAUCGGUUUGUGGCCAUCAAAACUGCUCAGUCUGCUGAGCCUGUGAUCCUUGACCUCCGUGACCUUUUCCAGUUGAUUUAUGAGAUUAAACAGAGGGAGGAAAUCGAGAAGAAAGCUCAGAAGGACAAGCAAUGCGAACAAGCUGUUUAUCAGACCAUUUUGGAGGAAGAUGUGGAGGAUCCCGUGUAUCAGUACAUUGUAUUUGAGGCGGGACACGAGCCCAUCCGUGACCAAUCAGAGGAGAGCAUAUAUCAGGUCCCUACCAGCCAACAAAAGGAGGGAGUUUAUGACGUCCCAAAACGACAUCCAAACAAACGUAACGAACAGAUCGAUCUCUUGGAUCUAGACACUGACCUGUUGCUGGUCUCCCAGAAUAUCAACCAGUUAGAGCUUUUCGGAGACAUGUCCACUCCUCCUGAUAUCACGUCCCCCUCGACCCCAGCAUCUCCGGCUAAUACUCUGGACCCCACGCUGGCCCACCAGACUCCAUCUGAACUGUUCACCCCCUUCAACCCUGCCUCUGUACCCUCAGGUUAUGUGACGAUGGGAGCCGUGCCGCCCGCGUGGGCGCAGCAACAGUUUGCCGCUCAGGCUCCAUUAGCGUUUGGCGUCCAGUCCCCGGUGCCCGUUGCGCAGGUUUUACCGGGCGCUCAGCCUCUGAUCUGGGGUCAAGCCAACCUUUUCCCUGCCACCCAGCAACAGUGGGCCGCAAUGGCAGGGGCUCACUUUUCGCCUGCCGCUUUCAUGCCUGCCCAGACAGUAGGGCCACUUCCUGCUGCCAUGUUUCAGACACUGGCUCCUAUGCCGGUGCCCGCGUCCUGUGAGACGCCUUCGGCGGCCAUGGGCGGAGCCGUGGCGGGAACCUCGGGCUCCACGGCCUCCAGUCCACAGCACGGAGAGCGCACGCUGCAGAGACAGGCUAAGAUGAGCAAGGAGAUGUUUAAGGACUUCCAGAUGGCAAAGCCACCAACCAUGCCUGCCAGGAAGAGCGAGCAGCCUAGCCUGUCCUGCACCACAGACGCUUUCUCCAGCUACUUCAGCAGAGUGGGAAUGGCGCAAGACACGGACGACUGUGACGACUUCGACAUCUCGCAGAUGAACCUCACGCCUGUCACCUCCACCACGCCCUCCACCAACUCACCACCCACCCCGGCCCCCCGGCAGAGUUCUCCAUCAAAGUCCUCAUCCCACGCCAGUGACCCGCCCACCGAUGACUCUUUUGGUGAGGCAGAGGGCAGCCCUAGUCGAAGCGGGGAGGAGGAUGCUGCUGGAGACUCCCAGCAGUCUCCGGGUGCGAGUGAGCCUCAAGCAGAGCCUGAGAGCUCAGAGACGGACAGUCCUCAGGGGAAGGACCCUCUUUAUGCCCAGAUCAACAAGGGGAAAGUGAAGGAUCAUGGGAACUCUGCACAGACGUGAUCAGCGCUGGGGGGAGCAGGAGACCAAAACACUGGAGAUCAACUCUCUGCCCUGUGUGUGUGGUGUGUGUGUGUGUGGUGUGUGUGUGUUUGUAUGAGCGCGGUCACUCCAGCCUCAAUGGUCCACUUCUCCAAGCAGCCAUCUCUCUAGAGCCGCCCCGUCCCCCUCACGACUUCCUCCGUUACUCCCUCCGCAAGGAUCGAGAGGGACAGACUCUCUCCAUACCACUUUGUUUCUUUCUCACUGUGUUUUCUGCACAUGACAGCAGGGCAUUGUGGGUGAUUUCAACCUUACAACACCCCUCAUAGCCUUAUGAGCCCAGCUCUGCAGCUUCAUUCAUGCUCUUCGUCCUACUUCCAGUUUCCGCUCGUCUGACUCUCUUUAGAGACCGCAUUACGGGAAACUCUCGAGAGGUGCCUGUCGGACCCCCGAUCAUGCAUCCGACCCGCCGUAAUCCAUCACAGAGCGGAUCCAUCUGUGACUUACGCGAAUCAUCCUUUUGGGUUUGUUUGGUUUUUAUUCCUCGCCCACGUAUUUGAGAUUCUGCUGCUAGAAAGCUAUGCAGAGCUAAAAAAAUAACAACAACUCACUUUCUGUCUCGGAUGGAGAACAGACACGAGGAGCGACUUUUGCCAAAUCUCAAGAUUUAGGAGCAGCUGAAUCUGACUGGGGGACUCGAGGGUACGAACAUUGCAAAAACAUGUGAUCGAACUGUUCCUUCUCUAUAGCUUUUGUACAAUACUAAUGAGAAAAAACAAAAACACACAAUGUUGAAAUGGAUUUUUAUUUUAUAAGUCAAGUGGAGCCCUUGAAGUCAACUUUAGAUGUGUUUUAGGGGUAAACAUGGCUUUAAAAUCUGAUCGUUGGUUUGCCAAACUCAUUUUGUAAAUAAUAAUAAUAAUUAUUAUUAUUGAUAAUAAUGACGACAAUGACGAUGACAAAUAAUAAUGAUGAUGAUAAUAAUGGUUCUGAUUAUAACAGUGUUCAUUCCAUCCUGUGGACUUCGGUGCCAUAAAAUAGGCUGGCCUUAGUGAUGCAAACUCCUCAUGAAACCCAAGCAAUAUUAAACAUGAUGUGUCCCAAACUCCCAAGCAGUUUACGUUGCUUUCUCAGUCUUUUGAUUUCAGCUGGAUGUGGAGACUGUCUUUUUAAGUGGCCUGAAACAAACCCCGAGAGACUGUUAUUAUGUAUUUUAAUGGCUGAAAGGGUCCAGUGGUAAAUAGACGGUGUCAUAUUUAUGUGAUUUCUUUUGGUUUGUUGUCAAGAUGAAGCUGGUAACUGUGAUAGAGGAAGACCAGAGCUUCUCUCAACGUGUAUGUCAAUGCAGCAAUCUCAAAUACGCAUGUACACAAAAACAUAUGCAUACAUGUUCAUGCAGACACACAUUCACAGACCUUAAAGUCAAUAGGACAUCAAAAUGGACUCUGUUUACUUUUUUAAUUCACCUUUCUGCACAUUUAUCAGUGUAUGUUAUUCCAAAGAGAAAAUGUCUUCUUCUUCUUUCAUCAAAGUGUUAAGCUUCCUUUUUGAGUAACAUAACCAAAACAGCAGAUAUAUUGACAUUAAUGCUGGUAAACUAGAUUUUAAAAAUAUUGUUACUAUUGGCUCCAAUCCGACUUUUUACAAUUCACUCAAUUCCUAAAGAGAAUUCAUGCCCCCUAUUUGUUGAAUAUUCUGUUUUACUCAGAAAUGUGUUGCAUUAAGACUAAAAAGGGUUGUGAAGGCUGUUUCAUGUUGACUUUAGGGCCGUCUGAUCACAUUAAAACACACCAGAAUAUCUGUCUGUAAUCCAACCUCCAAUCAGAGAAAAUCACCAUGAAUGGCAUCUGUUUUCAUUGCAUCUGAAAAGAUUAGAGCAUUCCAUUACUGUGACGACAACUUCCUCCUAUUUUAUGGCCAGAGUCCCAUUUUAAUUUCAAAUAAAAGCAGUUUUGGACCUUCAAGAUCUAAAUUUUGAGCGUUAAGAAGACGAGGGUGAAAAUCAAGGUGAAUGGGAGUCCUUACAAUUUCAGAACAUUUCUAUUUUGCCUUUACCUCAGCUAAUGGUUUGGUAAUGUAAAAGGACACAUUAUUUUUAUCUUGAUGAUAAUGACAUUCUACAGUGGAUUUUUAGAGCAUUUUUUCUUUUCUCUUGAUUUACGUAACUCACCAUGUAAUACUGUUACCAAUAAACACAUCCCAAAAUGUU